AUGGACUCAACUCACCACUGUAACUUCGAGCAGUGUCACGAUCCUUCUAAAUGUGUUUGUUCCUGUGAAGGCCAAACCACAUAUCUCUGCAAAAAGCAUAUAGAAGCCCAUAGAUCUUCAAAACCUGACGCAAAUCACCAGCUUAUUUGGCUUAUAAUAGACCCUGAUAACUCUGUUCGUAACAACCUGCGGAAUUAUUUCCAGAAAAAUAUCGGCGCUCUGAGAGAUCUGGAAACUUCCAUUAUAGAUAGGCUGGAGACGGAGUCAAAGAAACUGAAGGAAGACACAGACAAGACUGUAUCUUUUAUUUCUGAAAUUAAGGAAAAAUACCAAAAAAUAGACCAAGAAAUACAAAAUACAGUAGAAAUCCCAGCAGUUGGGCUGACCUUGGCGCAAAGGUUGCUGAGUCUGGCCCCAGAUACGAUUUGGGAGUCUAUUGAAAAUUUAAAAAACACUGGGGAGCUUGUAUAGUAAUUGCCCGAGGAUGGCGUUAUCUUGCGCCAUCCUCGGACAAUUCAAAAAUGGCCCCACACCGGGAAUUGAACCCACGUGUGGGGCCAUUUUUGGUAUGUGUAGAACAUCGACUCCCAUGCACCAAAAAUGGCCCCACACGUGGGUUCAAUUCCCGGUGUGGCGCCAUUUUUUAAAUUGCCCGAGGAUGGCGCAAGAUAGCGCCAUCCUCGGGCAAUUACAAUAUCGACUGAUCGAGCCUUUGAAAUUGCUCAUUUUUAUGUGCUAAGGUACUGCCAAAGGCCAGUAAAACAGAUUUUGGAUCAUAUGAUUGAGCUAAACAAGUGCAAUAUCGUGUAUGGCAGGCGGCAAACUUUAAGGCAAGAAAGAUUGCAAAAUUUAGAUAGAGAGCUCACAUUAUUUAAAAAGAAAAUAAGUCAGCUUAACGAGGAAAAUUUAAAAUUCGUGAAAGCUCACAAUGAAAAACCUAAUAUAGAAUCCAAUAAAAGCGAAAAAGUCAGUGCAAAGUCUGAGAAAACGUGAGCUCAAGACAUGCUGGAAUUUUACCAGGACAACUCAUCAGUUCCUACAAAUUCAAGCCAAACCCAAAGCACGAUUUCUCAGUUUGAUGCACAUUCGACUAUUUCUGAUGUAGACUCAAGGUCAACGAUUUCAGAUGCAAGAUCAUCGUCAUCAGACCUACAUCUGCAUACAAAUAACUCAAACAAUUCAAGAUAA